CUGCACUCAUACGGGUACCCGGUACACCGCGUCGCCUGUCCACCCUUUCGUCUGCUCCUUCGUGCGCCACCGCACAAGACGCAGACCCAAUCUCGCUCUGGAGCAUACCCUGCAUGCUGCCCAACUUUUCGUCAACCUCGACAUUCACUGACAAGACCGUUCGGCUCCAUUCUCCGGUUCCAUACAAGUUCCACCAGAUCAGCGGAUCCCCUCCCUGAGUCUCUACUCCCUACAAGUCUCAGACUGCUGCGUCGCACUCGCUCGCUCGUCCACCUCGCUGUCCCACCAGACCACAACCCGCACUCUCACUGGGUCCGAUUCGGCUACCCUGCUCUCCGUCCAACGACACAAGCCACGGGGCGAACCACCCUCACUGCCUGUCACGCGUUGUUUGUCGAGCUGGCUGCUGGCGGAUCCUGCAAUUGCCAUUUGCAAGCCUCGCCUUUUCAAACAGACCCAUCCUGGCCCAACCUCGUCUUUGCACCAACAAGUCAAUUGAUGACACAAAUCGCCUAA